UAGAAAUGUACACAUGUUAUGGGCGAUUUGCUCUACACCCUCCGCGUCGCCAUGACAGACUAAUUCACUUGCUUGUUCAACAUAAGCUGGCCUGGUGUGACAGACAGUGUCUGGAAAACAGUACCUGACCCGUGAAAGAUGAGUUCUGUCAUCUCCCUACUCGUGAUCAUCCAGACCAUGUCAGUUACAGCUUCACAAGAAUCGUGUCACUGCUCCAAUGGCUGCUCGGAUUUCCCCAACACUGCAUGUCCAACACGUUCAUUGGGUCCAGUUUGUAAAACACCAUGGUUCGGAAGCUUUUGCCAGAUGGAAAACAUUGCGUUUCACAAGACAGCGACACAGAGUACUACGUAUAACUACCUCGGACAUUUUCAUGCUUCCUAUGCAGUAGAUGGGAACACUGACACAGAUUUCAGUCACUCGAGUUGUUCACACACAGAUGAACCAGUUGGUGGGUCUGCCAGCUGGCAGGUGCUCCUUGGCGAUCAUCGGGUGUUCAACAUCAGCAGGAUCAGGAUCUACCUGAGACAGGACUUUCUGAUACACAACAAGAACAUGCAGGUGUUUGUGAGUGGCUAUCUGUGUAACACCGCCAGUGGAACAACACUUGAUGGGACACGCGGACCUGUCACAAACCCUUUUGACGUCACAUGUAGACAUGUCACUAAAGGGAACAAGGUUACCAUCAAGAUGAGUGGGCCAUAUCUGACAUUGUGCGAGGUUCAAGUUUUUGUUUGCAGUGAUGGUUGGUUUGGCUCUGACUGUAACAAGCAGUGCCAGUGUCUAGAUCCAUCUGAAGUAUGUGACAAGGAGACGGGCUACUGUAGGAGUGGAUGUGCUGCUGGGAAACAAGGACCCGGGUGUCAGCAAGCUUGCAGAGAUGGUUGGUUUGGGAAUAAAUGUGAGAAGCAGUGUCACUGUCUAGAUCCAUCUGAAGUAUGUGACAAGGAUACUGGAUACUGUAAGAGUGGAUGUGCUGCUGGGAAACAUGGACCAGGGUGUCAGCAAGUUUGCAGUGAUGGUUGGUUUGCCUCUGACUGUAACAAGCAGUGUCAGUGUCUAGAUCCAUAUGAAGUAUGUGACAAGGAGACUGGCAACUGUACGAGUGGGUGUGCUGCUGGGAAACACGGAUUUGGGUGUCAGCAAGUUUGCAGUGAUGGUUGGUUUGGGUCUGGAUGUAACAAGCGGUGUCAGUGUCUAGAUCCAUCGGAAGUAUGUGACAAGGAGACGGGCAACUGUACGAGUGGGUGUGCUGCUGGGAAACACGGAUUUGGGUGUCAGCAAGUUUGCAGUGAUGGUAGAUUUGCCAUUGGUUGUAACAAGCGGUGUCAGUGUCUAGAUCCAUCUGAAGUAUGUGACAAGGAAACUGGCAACUGUAGGAGUGGAUGUGCUGCUGGAAAACAAGGAAAAGGGUGUCAGCAAGAUUGUGACGAUGGUCAGUACGGGGUGAACUGUUCCUACAUGUGUGGUCAGUGUAGUGGAUCAUCUGACUGUCAGAAGGUCGAUGGAACCUGCACACAGGGAUGUCAACAUGACUUCAACCCCCCUUUGUGUAAAGCAUGUGUCCAGGGAAAGUACAGUGUAAACUGUUCAGCCACCUGUGGUCACUGCAAGGAUGGACCUGGGUGCGACCGGUCAACUGGACACUGUGAAAGGGGAUGCUUGCCAGGAUACGUCUCCCCACUGUGUGUUGAUGAAUGUGGAGACUACACGUACGGUCUGAACUGUUUGAACCAGUGUGAGGUGUGUGACAAAGUCACAGGGGAAUGUGGAACUGGGUACCAGACGACACCACCACCAACUACAACUUUAGCAACAGGAACAGAGCACUCUCAAGACAUUCGUCUCAUAGCCGCGUGUUGCGUGAUGGCGUUGCUUUUUGUGUAUUCAGCUGUUACAACAACGCUUGUUGUCAGGCUCAAACGAGGACAAGCCCUAAUCAAAGCUGAACUGGAGAAACAGUAUAUAUCACUAGAAACUCCAGCGGAAUCACCUAUCUAUGACGUCAUUGCCGGAACACAUACAUACAACAAUGACGUACAAUCAGGGGACAGUGAUUAUGAAAACAUCAACACGCAUGGUGCGACCUCAUUAUAGGAUGCUAAGAUCUGCCACACGGUUCAGAGAGACCAGUUUGUCUUCAACAGUUAGCGACAUAUCAUUGGAAUACAUUCCAUGCCAUCUUCAUGCAUGAAAACCUAAUACAUGAUCAACGUUGGUAAAGGCAGUUUUCUUGUGACUCUGGAGGAAUCACAUGUUCAGUGUGUUUUCACAGUGUAAGUGAUGGGAAGUGUGUUUACGACUGCUUCUGUGAAAGACAAUCAUAUACGGCGCAUCCCAUUUAGGUGAACCUUAAUUACAAACCUCAGUUUGAUUAUGUAUAACAUGGAAUGUUGACAUGUGCAAUUAAAGGCAACACAAGACCAUAGCUGAUUUCAAACGCCAUUUACCAGGCAACAAGUGUACAGCUGCUUAUGUAAAUUAAGUCAGCGGCAGCUACUAGUGGAAGGGCAGGCCCUGGUUUCACAACAUAUAUUCUGUUAUCUAUUCAUAUAAUUUUUACCUUGAAUUUGCCUUUUAUACCCGUUUCGUCUGAUAGUAGUGGAUGGUUGUUUUCUUAUGCUGACGUUUUAUAUUUGCUGAAUGAAAACAAUAGGAAAUUUUAUAUUCUAUUUGUCAACUAAUUUUACAUUUGCAAUUCAGUCAUUUUACUGUUUGUUCCAUAUUUUAUCACUAUAUCAGCAAGUACAUUUAUCAUUAAUGUAAUACUUGCUAUGACUAUUGUAUUUGGGCAUUGCUAUGGUGAAUACUCCACUACGCAUAUUGCCUCAUAUCUUUACAUAUCAUAACUCACUGGGUACUUACUCAACUCUGUAUGUCGUGUCAUAUAAAUACAUAUCAUAACGCACCGGAUAAUUACUUCACAACGCCUCUCAUGUCGUGACAGAGGAUCUAAAC